AUGGGAGGGGGUAAGAGAAGCGAGAUUUUUGUAUGCACGAGGAAAGAGGAGAUUGUUAAUAGAAAGCUAAUAAGCUCUUUUUCCCACUGCUUAAGACCCUCAAUCGAAAGGUCAAGGAUUGUUCGUGCUGUUCCGUAUAUAGAUAAGACCAUCUCCGGUUCUUGGAAACCCACCGCUCUUCUUCUUAUCGCUCUGCUUCUAGCUAUUCGGAUAGACCACACCUCAGAAAGAAAGUCCGCUAUUCUAUUCCAUAUCAUGGCAGCAAUCCCGGGAAUGGGCAUCCAUUAUCAGAUGUCUAGGCACAAAAAGAGAGAUAUGCCAGAAAGACAGGAUACAGGUACUCUACGGGAGAAGGGAUUGGAUUUGGCACGCUGA